AUGAGCGACAUCGUCCACCCCACCAUCAAGGAUGGCUGGUUCUCCGAGAAGUCGUCCAUGUGGCCUGGCCAGGCCAUGAGCCUUAAGGUCAACCAAAUCCUGCACCACGAGAAGUCCAAGUACCAGGAUGUUCUGGUCUUCGAGAGCAGCGACUACGGUACGGUGCUGGUCCUGGACAAUGUGAUCCAGUGCACGGAGCGUGAUGAGUUCUCGUACCAGGAGAUGAUCACCCACCUGGCCAUGAACUCCCACCCCAACCCCAAGAAGGUACUGGUCAUCGGCGGCGGUGAUGGGGGUGUUCUCCGUGAGGUCGUCAAGCACGAGUCGGUCGAGGAGGCCACCCUGUGCGACAUUGAUGAGGCUGUCAUCCGCGUGUCGAAGAAGUACCUGCCCGGCAUGAGCAUUGGCUUCCAGCAUCCCAACUCCCGCGAGUACGUCGGUGACGGCUUCGAGUUCCUCAAGAACCGUCAGAACGAGUUCGACGUGAUCAUUACCGACAGCUCCGACCCCGAGGGCCCUGCCGAGAGCCUGUUCCAGAAGCCGUACUUUGAACUUCUCCGCGAUGCCCUCCGCGAAGGAGGUGUCAUCACCACCCAAGGUUCUGAGAACCAAUGGCUGCACCUGUCACUCAUCGCCAACCUCAGGAAGGCCUGCAAGGAGGUCUUCCCCGUCGCCGAGUACGCCUACACCACCAUCCCCACCUACCCGUCCGGCCAGAUCGGGUUCAUGGUCUGCUGCAAGGAUGCCUCGCGCAACGUGCGUGAGCCCGUGCGCUCCUGGUCCCGUGAGGAGGAAGAGCGCCUGUGCCGCUACUACAACCAGGACAUCCACCGCGCCAGCUUUGUGCUGCCCAACUUUGCGCGCAAGGCUCUGGAUGUGUAG